UUUCCUGUCAUGACAAAAAAUUGCUCUUCCAAAAGAGAGCAGCUUGGAUUUUAAAGAAGAAAACAACAACUUAUGAUCACACGUUUUAGGGCUUGUUAUGGCACAAUCUAUUCUGGAUUUGUAUUUUGGUUCUUGGAUAACACGGUGAACUUGUGCUUAGUGACACUGCAUUGCAUACAGUGAUAUGUUACACACGAGUGUAGUUCAGCCCCUAAGGCUCUCUCCAGUUUACUUACGUCCAUCAGUGGACAUACUUUUCAUACACGCACUGUGAUCUCAAAGCUGCUGAGACCGUUGACCAUCAGAUCAAUGCCUAAAUGUGAGUGUAAAACUGCAGCUGACGGUUCUCCAGACUCACUGCAACCCAACCCAAAGUGGAUCACAUUCCACACGGUUAAGUGGGCAUGAGCGGUCUGCUCGGUAAUUUACGACGAGGGAAUCGACACACAUGCGUCCGCAGAGGUGGGUGGCCCCGCUUCCCAGCGUGCCCCACGACCGCGUAUUCUGAGAAGCGAACGCAUGAAGUAAGUUUCCUGCCGGCUAAUGAAACAGGAAGCGCGGAGCUCUUAAGUCUAGGUUCCGCGCGUCACCGUUAUUCGCCGCGAAACAUCCACCGUCUCUGUCCGGUACGUGAGCGAGUCUGCGAUGACGCGGUGGGCGUAACGGUACGACAGCGGGCGAGGAGGGGGAGGAGGGCGGGGUAGGAGUGGCGCGAGGGUCACUGGACACACCCCGUGCUGUUCCCCAGGACACGGCGGGCCCACCCGCGGCGCUGCUCUCGACUCGCCGGCACUUCUGCGAGCCGGGGAAACCGGGCAGGCAGUAAAGACGAGGAUCGGCUGCUGACGAUGGCUCAAAAUGGCCGCCAAAUGGUCCUGCCACCGCUGUCAAUUUGUGAAGAGCUGGAAGACGAAGCGGCUGCUACCGCCGACGGCCCGACAGGCGCUUGCUUGCUCGCUGGGACGGAAUUAGUCGUGCCAAACUGAGCUCUGAAAGAAAAAGGACGAAAACUAAACGAAAACAUCCCCUCAGAUUCUAUGCUUCGAGGCACCGGGGCUACAUUUUAUUUUACAUCAGAUCGGAGAAGACGCUCUGCUCACCAUGACAUCAAGCUGCUGGGGGCCGUAGUGCCUGUGGACUCUUACACCAGCCUGCCACUUUAUUUAUUUUUUUUUUUUGUACAUCUGAUGAAAGCGGCCAUCAGCUACGUUUCCCAUUAGUGUGACAUGAUGGGUCUUUAGAAGAGGGGCUCUCAGCUGUUGUCUUCGAGGGCCUACAGGGGUCUACCGGCUUCCGUUUUUACUUUAAAAUCAGCAGCCAAUCGGAAAACUUCAGCAGCAAAAUCAGCAGCCAAUCGGAAACCAAAGAAUCUUGUGGAGGAAACUAGAGAAUAGAAGAGUGUUCGCUGUACAACAGACACCAUACGGGCAUUUCUAAAUGCACUGCAAAAGAGCAAGGGCAGUGUUGUAGUGAGGACAACAGCAGAUGACUGCAGCAUCCCAGGAUGAGGCCAGAAGAUUUCUGUCUGUUUCCAGAAAAGUGAAGGGAGGAGGGGUCUUGCACUUCGUAAGAAGCAGGCUGAUGACUGCUCCACUGCACACGCUGGUGAUGAAGAUCAUCGUCGUCAUCGGCACGUGCGGGGUAGCACUCAGCCUCUUCCUACUGGACCAGAGCGUAAGGGGCGGGACCCUGAAGCAGCAGCAGAACAUCACCGUCCUGCUCUGGCACUGGCCCUUCAGCCGGGCCUACAGCCUGCAGGGGGACGUGUGCCGCGACGCGUACGGCGUCCCCGGGUGCGUCCUGACGGACAGCCGCGCCUCCUUCCCCGACGCCGACGUGGUGGUCUUCCACCACCACGAGCUGAAGUACAAGCGGUCGAGCCUGCCCCUGCACCUGCCCCGCCCGCCCGCCCAGAAGUGGAUCUGGCUCUCCCUGGAGCCUCCGGCCAACAACGGGCCGCUCUCGGCCUACGACGGCGUCUUCAACUGGACCAUGUCAUACCGCCGAGACGCCGACGUCCCCGUUCCCUACGGCAGGCUGGUGCCGAGGGCCACCGCCUCGGCUCCCGCCGACGACCAGGACGACGCUAACGCCGACUACUUCGUCCCCGGCAACAAGACCCACCUGGUGUGCUGGGUGGUGAGCAACUACAAGUCCCGCCACGAGAGGAGCAAGGUGUACCAGCGUCUGAAGCAGGUGGUGAAGGUGCAGGUGUACGGGCGCUGGGCGCGGAGACCCCUGAGCGACCGCGACCUGCUCCCCGCCAUCUCCCGCUGCCACUUCUACCUGGCCUUCGAGAACUCGCAGUCCGCCGACUAUGUCACCGAGAAGCUCUGGCGGAACUCCUUCCAGGCGGGCGCCGUGCCCGUCGUCCUGGGCCCGCCCCGCGGGAACUACGAGGCCCUGGCGCCCGCCGACUCCUUCGUCCACGUCGACGAUUUCAAAUCCGUCGAAGAGAUGGCGCAGUUCCUGCGGCGGCUGGCCGCGGACGGUCGGCGCUACGCCUCCUACUUCGCCUGGCGCCGGCGCCACGAGGUCAAGCUGUACACCGACUGGAGGGAGAGGCUGUGCCAGAUCUGCCGUCACUACCACAGCCUGGAUCCCCGCAAGGUGUACCAGGACCUGGACAGCUGGGCCAAUGGGCAGAUCGUCAGCUGAGAGCAGCCACCAUUUGGACGAUGUGGAACAGCGGUCGAUUCGCGCCGCUCUCUGGGAGCACAGAGAACGAGGGGAUGAGUCACAGGCGUUUCCCUUGGCUUGCUGCUGCUCCUCUUCGGCUGCAGUUGGACAUCCUCAUCCUCAGAGUAACGAGCACUGGGACCGCAGUCAUUUGUGAGGGCGAGAGCCGUUCAGAGCGGUUCAAAGGAAGGGCGGAAAAUGCGAGUUAUUCCUCUGUGAACGCGAUCAGAACGCGUUAUUAAAAAAACAUUAACAUUUCAGUGACUUUACGAUCAAAUACUUCAAGGUUUUGGAAUUUUACCAUCGCUGUUUUUGGCAGCGUUUGAAGCAUUACCUCAACGAAUCAUCGGUGACCCAGAAAUCGAAUGCUUAGUAACGUCUGGGAGAGAGAUCAAGAUUUCACAAUUGCUCAAGGACACAACGUUGCUCGUGGAAAGCAAACUGCAGCUUGCAAAAGCACUUGAUACAAUUGUCUCGUUUCCUUUUUUCCUACAUUGUGCAAUGUUCCCGUUAAGGAUAAUGUUUAUAUCUGGGUACGCAUCUAUAAAACAAGGGCUGUAACUCCUACAUGGUUCACCCAAUAAGCAUGAAUACAUACAAAUGACAGCUGACCGCAUGCACUUUAACCUCAUAUUCAUGGUGUCAUUUCAAAUACAAUAAACUGGAGCACAAAGUCAAAACAAAAAUUGUGUCACUGUCCAAAUACUUAUGGACUGCAUUCAUAAGAGGUUUUUCUCUCUGUACAAGAGGUCAUGUCGAGAGAAAUUAGAGGGACAUAGAUUGGGGGGGGAAAGCAUGGUUACUUCUGUAUACAGUUUGUGUACCGAAUAGAGAGAUCCACACAAAAGCACUUGUUGCAUAUAUAUCAGAGUUUACAGAUAAAAAUCGUUCUUUUUGCCAAAAUAUCCAGGAGUCACGAUCGCCCUUUUUAUUAAUGUAGUUUGGUUUCUGAUUUGAGAUGAUUGUUACAAAUUUCAGAAAAUUCUGAACAACUUCACCUUGAAUAUGAGAUUAAAAUAAAAAUGUAAAAAAGAUCAAAAAGAAACUUGAACUUGUAACAAAAUGGUAAAUAGUUAACGGUAAAUUUCACAGACAAAUUUUGUAAAUCCUCAGGUUUAAAUCCUUUA